AUGCAUUUGGAUCCAGCCAUUACAAGCUUCGAUGUCGAGUGCCGUGUGCUUCGGAUGGAUCGACAUCGCAACCUGAUAAAGAUACUCAACACUUGUUCUAACCUAGACUUCAGGGCCCUGGUGCUUCAGUACAUGCCCAAUGGGAGCUUAGAGGGGCUCCUACACUCUGAAGGACGAAUGCCUUUGGGCUUCCUCGAGAGGCUGAACAUCAUGCUAGAUGUGUCGAUGGCAAUGGAGUAUCUACACCAUGAACACUGUGAGGUGGUUCUACACUGCGAUUUGAAGCCUAGCAACGUGCUAUUUGAUGAGGACAUGACUGCACAUGUGGCGGAUUUUGGGAUUGCAAGGUUGCUGCUUGGUGGUGAUAGUUCCAUGAUCUCUGCAAGCAUGCCUGGAACAAUUGGGUACAUGGCAUCAGAGUACGGUUCUCUUGGAAAGGCAUCACGGAUGAGCGACGUGUUCAGCUAUGGGAUCAUGCUCCUUGAAGUGUUCACAAGGAAGAGGCCUACAGAUGGUAUGUUCGUAGGAGAAUUGAGCAUCAAGCAGUGGGUCCAUCAAGCAUUUCUCGGACAUCUUGUUGACGUGGACGUGGUGGAUGAUGGCCUAAUACAUGGUCAUGAUGGCUCUUCUUGUACCAGUAACCUGGAUGGCUUUCUUGUGGCAGUGUUUCAGUUGGGCUUGCUCUGCUCGUCUGAGUCGCCUGAACACAGAACGACAAUGAGCAAUGUGGUGAUGACACUGAAGAAGAUCAAAAUCCAUUAUAUCAAAUCGACACAAGAUGCACAUGAUCCUAAUGAAUGA